AUGAGCACCUCAUCAUUCCUUCGCCCAGCCAUCCUCAUUGUCUCCGACACAGCCGCCGCCGACCCAUCUACAGACAAAGCGGCGCCGACCCUGAAAGAGACGUUCUCCCAAGAGGGCGGCGGCAAAUGGGCCGAACCGAUCGUGGAGAUCGUGCGAGAUGACAUCCUGGAAAUCCAACGAGUCGUGCGCUCCUGGACCGACCAUGAACCCUCAUCCGCCAGCGACUCGGGCCCGAUCAAUCUGGUCGUGACGACCGGCGGCACCGGCUUCGCCCGACGGGAUUACACGCCCGAAGCGAUCGCGCCGCUGAUCCAUCGCCACGCGCCUGGCAUCGUGCAUGGCAUGUUGGCUGCGUCGUUCCAGGUCACGCCGUUCGCCAUGAUGUCGCGACCUGUUGCCGGGGUGCGGAACAAAUCUGUCAUCAUCACGCUGCCGGGAUCGCCCAAGGGCGCCAAAGAGAAUCUACAGGCCGUGCUGAAACUGCUGCCUCACGCUUGUCUGCAAGCAGCCGGGGAAGACUCGAGAGCCGCUCAUUCCGGAGGAACCAAGAAACUAGAGAAAGACGCCGGUCUUGCUGCCUCGGGGUCUAAGCCUACUCCUGACUCUUCUACCGCGACAGGUCCUGACCAUGGGCAUAAUCACGACCACUCCCAUCACCAUGACCACGACCACGACCACGCCCAUGGCAGCCACGGCCACGGCCACGGCCACAAAAUCCCAAAAGCGCACACAGUACCCUCCGAGCGACCCCAAUCCAACGAUCCACGACUGGGCGCCACCGCACGCGCACGCUCGUCUCCAUAUCCCAUGCUCACUGUCCAGGAGGCGGUUUCCAAAAUUCUCGAGAAAUCACCGUCUCCAACGACCGAGCUGCGCGACCUCAGCCCAGACUUGACCGGCUACGUGGUAUCCGAAGACAUUCGCGCGGCAGAAGCAGUGCCCGCGUACCGAGCAAGCAUCGUAGACGGAUACGCAGUGAUCAUCGCCGACACGAAAGCAGAUGACACCACCACAAACUCUCCCUCCUCUCCAACCUCGUCCAUCAAAGGAACAUUCCCCGUCGCAUCGGUGUCUCACGCCCAAGCCGCCUCACUGCCCCCGCCCCUGCAACCCGGACAAAUCGCGCGUAUCACCACCGGAGCGCCGCUCCCGGCCAACGCCAACGCCGUGGUGAUGGUGGAAGACACGACGAUCGCCAGCACGACGGCGGACGGCAGCGAAGAAGCUGCCGUGGCGAUCCUGACGGACGAGCUCGCCGUGGGCGAAAACAUCCGUGAACCCGGCAGCGACAUCGCGCUCGGGUCGAUGGUGCUGAAACGCGGGACCAUGAUCAGCCCGCUCGGCGGCGAGAUCGGGGUCCUCGCGGCCUCGGGAACGCAGAAGGUCCCGGUCUACCGCAAGCCGCGCGUGGGCGUCAUGUCGACGGGCGACGAGGUGUGCGACAUCUCCCACACCGGCCCGCUGACGGGCGGGAUGAUCCGCGACUCGAACCGGCCGUCCCUGUUGACGCUGCUGCGCGGCUGGAGGCUGUGUGAGGAAGUGGUCGACCUGGGCGUCGCCCGCGACACCCCGGCCACGGAGCUCGAGGAGAAGCUGCGCUCCGCGUUCCGCGAACACGAGCUCGACGUCGUCCUCACCACCGGCGGCGUCAGCAUGGGCGAGCUCGACCUGCUCAAGCCCACCGUCGAACGCGCCCUGGGCGGCACCGUGCAUUUCGGCCGCGUCAGUAUGAAGCCGGGCAAGCCCACCACGUUUGCCAGCGUGCCUGUCAAAGACACGCACACCGGCCUCCGUGCCGGCCAGGAGAAGCUGCUGUUCGGCCUGCCGGGCAACCCGGCCAGUGCGUUGGUCACGGCGAAUCUGUUUGUCUUGCCGUGUUUGCAGAAGAUGGCAGGGUUACUUGUGGAUAGCGGCGCCGACCACUGCGGCCUCCAACGCGUCAAGGUCAGACUGGCCGGUCGCGUGCGCUGCGACAAAGCACGCGUCGAGUACCAUCGCGUCGUUGUCCACGUCGAUCCCCACGAUGGCAGACUCGUCGCUACAAGCACGGGCUUCCAGCGGAGUAGUCGGGUCGGAAGCCUCGCGACGGCGAAUGCGCUCCUGGAACUGCCGCAGCAGGAAGGCUGGAUCGAGGCCGGCGGAGAGUGCGAGGCUCUGAUGAUGGGCAUGGUUCUAGGGUACUAA